AUGCUGUGCGAGUCUCGAAGGAGCGCGGAGAACUGCUGCAGCGUGAAAUCCGUCAGCCCCGUGCCCGCGUCAGGCGUCCCUCUUCCGGCAGUGACCGGGCGCGCGGGCCCAGCUCGGCAGCGCAUCCCGGCUUGCCUCCAUAAGUCUCGAAUCGAGUCGAGCCUCCACUGCAGAGCCUUGGAGAGUGCGCAUGAGCGUGCUAUGGCUCCGUGGUGGCUCCCGGCACUUGGGCUGCUCUUCGUGGCUGCCGGCCUCUGGCUGGCAUGCAGCGAUGAGGGGGAGGACAGCACGGAAGAGGAGGUGGAGGAGGACGAGGAGGAACAGUAUGAUGACAAGAUGUCGUCCCGGCGAGCUUCUCUUGGUCGGACAGAAGGGGAUGACUCUCGACCCUCGCGGGGCUCGGAUGCCUAUUGGCAGGAGCCAGGCGACGCACGCAUGGCCCGCGGAUGGCUUCUGCUGGUCUCGGGCUUUGUCUUAACUUGGCUGUUGGCAGUCUUGGUGGCCUUGCCAGUGACCGCGAAGCUCCUGGCUUUGGCCGCCCCUGGCUGCUUGAUUGGGUUGGUCGCGGCCAAGCACGUGGGCACCGGCGGCGACAAGUGGAUGCUCGUUCCAAUCACUCUGUUGUGGUUGUGGUGUGCGGCGGUGCCUUUCCUCGACCAUGUGACCUGGUGGCAUCGACCCAGCUAG